GGAGUCAGGGGAGCAAAGCCCAACAGGCCCUGGGGCACCGAGACCGCCCCUUCUCAGGGGAUUUAGCUGUGGAAACCUGCCUGCGAGAGGAGCAGGAUCAUGCUGAAAAGGUGUUGAGAAUUGAAUCCUCCUGCCCAUCUUGGUUGCUGAGGCCAGGGGGACAUGGCAGGACAUGGCUAUUUGGGGAUGGCACUCUUCUGCUGGGUCCUGCUCACUGGACCUGUGGACCCCCAGCCUGCUGCUUCCGGCCCAGGUGCCCUGCUCACCACUCUGACCCCCCCACCUCAGAGUGAGGCUUCCGUGCUCUCUCUCAACCUGGGACUCAACUUCAAAUUCCACCUUCGGGGACCUGCUGCCGCCUGGGGGAGCCCUGUCACAGAGACCCAGCCUCUGUCCCCUGGGCCCAGCCGAGAGCUGGAGGAAGAGGUGGUUGGAGGCGGGUUGAGGACUGACCCUUUUUGGGAACUGCUGGUGGGCUCUCUGGGGAACUCUCUCCCAGAAUGGGGUUCUGCAGAAGGAAGCUCUACCCUCUGGACCUCCUCCCUGCCUCAGGAGUCCACCUCCCCUGCCUCAGGGUCCUCCCAUCAGCCCACCACUCCCUCUCUGCUCCAGACUAGCACUGGGACCUGGGAUACUGCUCUGAUGCCCACAGCACCGCCAUCCAGUACGCCCAGGCCCCACCAAAGCGAACUGGAGCUCAAGUUUGACAUGGCACUGAGAGCAGGUGCUGCCCCAACACUUGGGCAUCGCACACUGCCCCUGCUGCCCAGCCUGCGGGCCAGUCUGGCAGAGAUCGCUGGGCGCCUGGGACCUUUUGGAUUCUUUGGCACUACACUGUCUCCACUCCGGAACUUCUCAGGUCCGAGCCCCCCAGGGCCAACUGCAUCCCCGAACUCAGCCUCUAGAGUUUCUGCUUCUUCAGGGUUCUUUGGCACCACUGUGUCACCACACUCACGUCUCCUGGAGAGAAAGCUCCCAAGCCCAAGCCCACUGGACCCAGCUGCUUCCCUGAGCCCCAGCUCCAUUCCAAUGGCAUCUCGAGGUCCCACCCUCCCUACCUCUGACCCAGAUGAUCCAACUCCUGCCAGCCUUGGGAACCCGUCAGUGCCAGAGUGCGAAUCGGAGUCCUGCAGCAUUGGAGAGGUGCCUGCCGGUGGAGCCCCUGCAGCCCCUCUGCCUCUCUUCUUCCUAAGCCUGGAGGCCGACUGGGCUGAGGCCAGGGCUCGCUGGGGACUGGCCUGGGAAGCCCAUGUGUACGGAGUGGGCGCGCUCUUCGGCCUGGUGGCCCUGUUGGCGCUGCUGGCCCUGGCUCUCUUGCCCUGGCGCUGCCCGCCGGGGGCCCCCUGCCUGGCGCUGCUCGAUGUGCUCCUGCUCUCGGCCGGCACCACGCGCGCCUUCCCACUCUUCUACGACGCCUACGGGCACCGCGCCCGCCUGCCCACGCUCGCCUGGCUGCUGCUGCAGGACCUGCCAUUGCCCUGCCUGGCCGCUGGCCUGGGCCUGGCCUGCCUGCUGCUGGCCCGCCCGCGCCCCCCGCGCUGCCCUGCUGGCCUGGCCUGCCUGCUGCUGCUGGGGCUGGGGCUGGCGGCCGCCGCUGCGCUGGGAAGCGCCGCCCACCGCCCGCUGCGCCCCCUACGGCUCGCCUCCCGCGGGUUGCACGCCUUCCUGGCUGUGCUGCUCUCCAGCCUCCUGCUGGCUCUGUCCUGCUGGCGGGGGCGGCGGCGGAGGAGGGCCGGGGCGCCACUGGGGGGCUCAGCCUUCAAGGGCAUUACUCCGCUGCCGCAGGCACGCAGCCCCUUCGCUCCGCGGGAGUCCUGGCGGCGCGCGGCGCGCACGGCCCCAGUGGCCGGCACCUUCGGGCUGCUGAGCGGUGUCCUGCAGGGCUACGAGGUGCUGCACGCCCUGGGCUACGGCGGCCAGCCCGGCCUGCAAGGGCCCUGGCCCUGGUGGGCCUUCCAGCUGGGCCUGCGCCUAGGCGAGGUGGGCGUGGCGCUCCCGCUGGCACUGCUGGGCCUCUACCCAGCGCUCUGCAGCCCCCGUGUGCCGCCGCGCUGCUGGGCCAAACUUUUCCGCCUAUCCCCUGGCCAUGCCGCCCCGCUGCUGCCCGGAGGCUGGGUCCCCCGGCCCCCGGACAAGGAGCCCCUGGGCGGUGCCAUUGCGCGCGGUGACGCCGAGCUGCUGCAGUUAUGCGCGCUGGCCGGCCCAGGUCCGGACCUCCUGCUCCAGGGCGGCGCCUGCCGGGGAUUCGAGGGCGCGGCCGCCCAGCCCGCCGCGUCCCCUGCCUCCUCCCCCUGCAGCGACUUCACCGUGGACUUCCGGCCCCCGUCCCCCAUCAACCUGCGACGCAGCAUCGAGGAGGCGCUCUGCAGCGAGGCUCUGCUCGUCCCGGGCCUCUUCCAGGGCCCCGCCUUCGGGGAGGCCCUGCCUGGGAUCAGCCUCAGCCUUUACCGUACAGCUUCGUUGGGGGCCACGUCGGGGCCCGGGCCCAGUGAGAGGUCGGAGGAUGUUCCCGGCUCGCCUGCGCCCCCCGAGCUCCCCUCUCCUGGUGCCUGGCCCGCGGGCAGCAGCGCCUCCUCCGGCUCGCUGUGCGGACUCUCCCGGGACAGCUCGUCCAUGCUGCUGUGCUCCAGCCCCGACAGGCCCCCGCGCUGCCCGCUGGUCUGCGUCCUCACCCCCCCACGGCCCUCGGGAAGCAGCCCAAGCCUCCCCGCCUCUGGAUCCUAUCAGGCCCUGUCCCCGCCCUCCCGCGACUCCCCAGAACCCGCUCCUCAGGUGCAGACCGAAGAGGCCUUGCUCCAGGAGCAGUUCCUGGACGCCUGCCGCCAGAUCGACGAGCUCAGCGUGGGCAGCGACACCAUAGACCUGUGAAGAGGUGAUCCCCUCGCGCCGGCCGUGCGUCCCCUUCUGGCGCCUGCUCUGCCAAGACCUGAACACUGUAACCUCUCUUCCUUGACCCUGCCUGGCCAGAUACCUUUCACGCCUUCCUUCCCCACCCAGGGGUUCCUGGGUUGGGUGGGUGCACAGCCAGAUUCUCUGUUGAUGGGAAAUUAAUGCCACCUUCUCCGGAGCCCUGGGCGCGGAUGCCCUCUGCUGCAAUUCCAGGCUGGCCAGGGCGUCACACAGCCCUUGGCAUUCACCAGCAAUAAAGCUGCAAGGUGCUCCACUUCAGACCACUUUCCACUCUGGUGCUGGGUGAGAGGGCCUGUCCUGGGAGGACAGGAUCUUGGCUCCCCUGGUUCCCAUUCCCACCCCUGCCACGCUCAGCAGUCCCACCCUCGAGGUAGUGAGACGUCCUGCCCUCCACACCACCCUCCCCCCAGAAAGGGGUCCAUGGUCCAUCUAGGAGCCCUCAGAGCCAGUGGGAGCUUUUAGAGCUAAUUUAUCAAUAAAAUAUUUCCAGAAGAGGAAGUUCUGAGUCUCUUGGGAAAGGUUCAGUGAGGCAGCAGUAGCUUCACCAGGCCUGGAAGAGAAGCCCUGUUUGGAUGGGUGGUUACAUCUCAGACUGGUUGCUUCCUGUGACUGGGAUGACUGGGGUUCCUGGGAGUGGUACCUUGAAGCCCCUUGACUUCUCCAGGAAGUAACUUUCCAGGGAUGAUCUACAAUCCUGAGAGGUGACAGGUGACACAAAGCUUCUCCAGUCAUUGAAGAAAUGCCCUCCAGGCCAGGUGAUGGCAUACCUGGUUGAAUGAACAUCUACAGUGCACAAGGACUCAGGUUCAAGUCCCCACCUGCAGGGGGAAAGCUUCAUGAGUGGCGAAGCAGUGCUGCAGUUGUCUUUGUUUAUCAUUCUCUGUCUCCCCUUUCCCUCUCAACUUCUCUGUUUCUAUCCAAUAAAUAAAUAAAUAAAAUAAAAUAUUUAAGAAAAAAAGAAAAAGUAAUGUC